AUAAAAAGGAAAAACCAUAGAAGCCACGGGGCAAUAACCCUUCCAUAACCUUUCAUUGCCCUUUCACUGAGAAAUUAAAAAAAGAAAAAGGAAAAAACCUUCAUUGCCCUUUCAUUGUCCGGUUCUGAUUAAUUGUUUUCUGGCCUCAAGUGAAACACAGAUGGGUGAGAACAAUGGGAUUAUAAAGAGCAGCCAAAACCAAGUACUUCAUGUCUCAUUGGAUCAUCAUGAUGAUGAUCAUGUGCUCUCUGAUCAAAGUAAUCCCAAACUUUACGACGACGAUGGCCGUCCAAAACGAACCGGGAGUGUAUGGACAGCAAGUGCCCAUGUAAUAACAGCAGUGAUAGGCUCAGGAGUGCUAUCACUGGCAUGGGCCACGGCUCAGCUGGGUUGGAUUGCAGGCCCUUGUGUGCUGCUCAUGUUUGCGUUUGUGAGCUACUACAUGUCUUCUCUUCUCGCCGACUGUUACAGAUUCGGCGACCCCAUUUCCGGCAAGCGAAACUAUACUUACAUGGACGUUGUCCGAUCCAAUCUUGGAGGAACAAAGGUAAAGAUAUGUGGGGUUGUUCAAUACUUGAACCUUUUCGGCAUAUGCAUUGGAUACACCAUUGGAACUUCCAUAAGCAUGAUGGCCAUAAACCGUUCUAAUUGUUUCCAUAAGAACGGCGAGAAAAAGGCAUGUCGGUCAUCGAGCAACCCGUACAUGAUCAUGUUUGGAAUCAUAGAAAUUGUGUUAUCUCAGAUUCCAGACCUUAGCCAGGCAUGGUGGCUUUCCACUAUUGCUGCUGUUAUGUCUUUUACUUACUCCACAAUUGGCCUCGGCCUUGCAAUCGCUAGAAUUGCAGCUAAUGGAACUAUUAAGGGCAGUCUCACUGGAGUUAGUGCGGGAGCGGUAAGUCAAAGUGAAAGGAUAUGGAGGAGCUUCCAAGCAAUUGGAGACAUGUCCUUUUCCUAUUGCUACUCAUUCAUCCUUAUAGAAAUCCAAGAUACACUUAAAUCUCCACCUUCAGAAGCCACAACAAUGAAAAGGGCCAAUCUAAUAAGCACAACAGUGACAACAACUUUCUACAUGCUUUGUGGCUGCUUGGGAUAUGCAGCUGUGGGAAAUCUAGCCCCUGGAAACCUCCUAACUGGAUUUGCUUUCCAUAAUCCAUUUUGGCUUCUUGAUAUAGCCAACAUUGCCAUAGUAGUCCAUCUUCUUGGAGCUUACCAAGUGUUUAGUCAACCCAUUUUUGCCUUUGCUGAGAAAUGGGUAUCAAAAAAUUGUAACACAUCCAAAUUCAUCACCAAGCAAAUCAAAAUUUCCGUCCCAGGGCUUGGAUCUUUCAACUUAACCCUCUUUCGGUUGGUUUUCCGAACAUCUUUCGUAACCCUAACCACCGUUGUAUCAAUGAUGCUACCAUUCUUCAAUGAUAUACUAGGAAUUAUGGGUGCAAUUGGAUUUUGGCCCCUAACAGUAUAUUUUCCAGUUGAAAUGUAUAUGGUCCACAAGAAGAUUGAGAAGUGGUCAACUAAAUGGAUAUUUCUUCGUUUGUUGAGUCUCUUUUGCCUGAUUGUUACUGUUGUGGCCGGAGUUGGAUCGGUCGCUGGUGUUAUUCUCGAGCUUAAAGUUUUCCGGCCAUUCCACACAAGCUAUUAGCUAUGAAAAAUAGAUCUCUUUGUACCAAAUAGUUUAGUUAUAGCUAUUUGUUUAAUUAAGGAUCCUGGUUAAAUUAAAUACUCUUCUUCUUAGAAAUGGAGGAGGAAAAUUCGUGUAAUAAACACCGCAAAUAUAACUGUAGAUUAAUAUGGCAUUAGUAUUUGUUA